CCCCCGUCCCCUUUUACCCCCUCUCCUCGCUUUGGCCCUCCCCCGUUCGGCGGCCGACGGCGAUCCUUGGCGUCCCGAAGCUCCUGCCCUCCUCCUCCUGGGUCGUUUGGCUUCGUUCGAAGACCCCAGCCCCACUUUUGCAUCCCCUCCAGUCAUUACGGGAUUUCUUCGUUAUCUGACGGGGGUCCCGGAUCCUUCACCCCGCGCUUUUCGUUUGCUGCAACGUUUAAUGGGGCAGCCGGCCCUUUUGGGGUCGUUGGUGCAGGGUUACGUUCCGUCCCUCAUCCAUUCGUGGUUGGUUCUGGGUUUGGAACCGGGUGAAGCAGAGGAGGUGGCGAAACCCACAGUGGGGCGGCGGGAUCGAGGGCGGGGGGGGGCGUAUGAAGAACGGGGGCUGUGGGGUCGAGAACGGGGGCAGGAUCGAGAAGGGGGGCUGCAAGGUGGAAAACAGGGGCUGUGGGAUCGAGAACGUUGUCAGCAGGAUCAAGAACAGGGGCUCCAAGAUGAAGAACAGGGGCUCCAAGAUGAAGAACAGGGGCUGCAGGAUCAAGAACGUUGUCAGGAGGGUGAAGAACGGGGGCAGGAUCGAGAACUGGGGAUGCAGGAUCGAGAAUGGGGGCAGUGUGAUCUAGAACAUUGUCAACAGGGUGGAGAACUGGGGCAGGAUCAAGAACUUUGUCGAUUGGAUGGAGAACGUGAACGGUGUCAACGGGAUCGGGAACAUCAAGGGUGUCAGUGGGGUCAGGAACGUUGUCAACGGGAUCAAGAACAUCACCAGGGUCAACGGGAUCAAGAACAUCGCCAAGGUCAAUGGGAUCGAGAACGUUGGCGACGGGAUCGGGAACAUCAGCGGUGUCAAGGGGAUCCAAAAUGUUGCCAACGGGAUCGAGAACGGCAGCUUUGGCAGCGGGAUCAAGAACAGGGCCUGCAAUGCCAACGGGAUCAAGAAUGUCAUCAAUGGUGUCAAUGGGACCAAAAACGGGGACAGCGGUGCCAGCGGGAUGGAGAACGAAGCCAGCAGUGCAGUCUGGAUCUAGAACGUCGGUCACCGGAUCGAGAACGUCGCCAACAGUGUCAGUGGGGUGGGAAAUGUCAGCGGCGUUGUCUGGUGGAUCAAGAUGGCUGCCAGUGGUGUCAAUGGGAUCGAGAAUGGGGUCAGGAUGGGGCCCAAGGGGAUCGGGGACGUCAGUGGGAUCAAGACCGGGGUCAGCAGCGUCAGUGGGAUCAAGAACGGGGUCAGGGGGGUCGAGAACGGGGUCAGGGUGGGGCCCAAAGGGAUCGGGAACAUCAGUGGGGUGGAGAAGGGGGUCGGCAGGAUCGAGAACGGCAUCAAGGGGGUCAAGAACGUCAAGUGGGUGUGGAACGGCGUCAUCAGGGUGGAGAACAUUGGGGGUGGUGCCAGUGGGAUGGAGAACAGCGUCAGUCGGAUCUAGAACGGCGUCAGGGGGGUCGAGAACAUCAAGCAGAUGGAGAAGAGCAUCAACGGGAUCGAGAACGGGGCCAGCAAUGGCAGCAGGAUGGAGAACCAUGUGGAGCAGAUCUGGAACGGCGCCUACAGCAUCAAGAGCCGCGUCAACUGGAUCUAGAAUGGCGUCAGCAGGAUCCAGGAGCACGUCAGGCAGAUCUAGAACGGCAUCAAGUGGGCGUAGAACAGCAUCAAGUGGAUGGGGAGUGGUGUCAGCAGUGUCAACGGGAUCGAGAACCACAUCGAGCAGAUCUAGAACAGCGCCAACGGGAUCCAGAAGUGAGUCGGCUAGAUCUAGAGCAGGAUCUAGAACAACAACAACUGGAUGAAGAACGGUGUUGGCGAUGUCAACGGGAUCAAGAACCGCAUCAAGCAGACCGAGAACGGCAUCAGGCAGAUCUAGAACGGCACCAACAGCAUCCAGAAUGGCACCAAAUGGAUCUAGAACAGCAGCAAGCAGAUCUAGAACUGCAUCGACCGGACCUAGAGCAGCAUCAGCGAUGUCAAGAGGAUCGAGAACUGCAUCAAGCAGACCUAGAACGGCACCAACAGGAUCCAGAACAGCAUCAAAUGGAUCAAGAACCGCAUCAAGCAGACCUAGAACAGCACCAACGGGAUCCAGAAUGGCAACAAAUGGAUCUAGAACAGCAGCAAACAGAU